CAGCAGCAAACUUUCGAUAUUCCAGAUUUCCGAUCUCAUCCGCGGUGAUGACGCCUCACCAAGCGGCAAGUUCCACUCUCUCUUCAUCGCUCUCCUAUUCCCGAAUGCCGUCUGCGCGGCCAGUAUCCUAUUCUAUGGCCUAGGGUCGGCAACGAUAGUGAGAGACCUAAAAAUCGUAGCCGACGAGCUGGAGGAGACGGCCAGGCAAAAAGCAUUGAAAGCAAAAGUCAACGAUGGAUUCGACGACAUUUCUUUGUCGUCAAAU